UUCAGAUGCUUCUGAAAAAGCAUACUCUGCAUGUCUGUAUGCACGAGUAACACCCAUAAACGGACCUAAUUCCGUAACCCUACUCUUUGCUAAGACGAGAGUUGCGCCAAUCAAAGUAAUCUCGUUACCAAAACUUGAACUUUGUGGUGCAGUGUUGUUGGCAAAUAUGACACAUAAUUUACUCACCCAACUCAACCUACCCUUACAUCAGACGUAUUUCUGGACCGACUCAUCUAUAGUUUUGGCCUGGCUUAGUAAACACCCCAACUCAUGGAACACAUUUGUAGCAAACCGAGUUUCUACAAUAAUCCAGACUGUCGGUGUUGAAAAUUGGAAUCAUGUUGCUUCGCACGAUAAUCCUGCCGAUGUUGCUAGCCGAGGAUGUAAUGCUGAUGAGUUAAAAGAUGACACUUUAUGGUGGAAUGGACCAUCGUGGUUGAAAGAAGUCGCGUCGAAGUGGCCAACAACAAAUAAACACUUCAUUACUCAAGCUGAAGCUAAAGUUAGUCAGUCGUUUACUACGACCGUUAAUACCCACCCUUCCUUGGUUAAUACGAAUACAGAAAACCCAGAUAUAUUAUCAAGAUUUUCGAAAUUGUCAAAAGCUCUAAGAGUAAUGACAUAUGUCUAUCGAUUUUGUGAUCGCGCAUCGUAUAGACGGAACAAUACUAUUCGAAAUGAUAGAAUUAUUCUUGAUCAAAGUAUUGAACUGGAUGCGUCAGAGAUCAAAUCUACCCGUGAUAGACUAAUUAUUCUUUGUCAGACUGAAUAUUUUAGAAACGAAUAUAACUGUCUGAAGAAAAGAAACCCUAUACCCAAUAAAAGUAACCUGCUCACCCUAACGCCAUUUUUAGAUUCCGCAAAUAUAAUGCGGGCAAAUGGUCGACUAGCAAAUUCCAACGGUUUGUCAUAUUCUGAAAGGCAUCCGGUUUUAUUACCCUACGGCAGUUCAUUUGCUAAAUUAUUAACCCAACACGUGCACCUGAUAACACUUCACGGAGGAAAUCAACUUAUGUUGAGAGUAAUACGUUCAGGAUACUGGAUCCCAAAACUGAAGAAUCUGAUUAGCGCGGUAAUUAACAAAUGCUCACCGUGUACUAGAUACAAGAAUAGACAAACUACCCAAUUUAUGGCAGCAUUACCACCCGAACGUACCCAAAUAAAUAAACCAUUCACAAAUGUUGGAGUUGAUUUUGCAGGACCAUUCGACAUUAAAAUAUAUAAUGGCAGAGCAUGUAGAAUAACAAAAGGUUACGUAUGCGUUUUUGUUUGCUUUGCAACAAAAGCUAUUCACUUGGAGCCAACAUCUGAUUUGUCUACCCAAGCCUUUAUGGCAGCCUUUGCUCGAUUUUUUUCGAGGCGGGGAUGCCCUGUCGCUAUUUACUCUGACAAUGGGACAAAUUUCAUUGGAGCUAGCAAGCUAUUGAAGAAAGAGCGACAAGAAUUCAUCAAGCAAUUGAAAGGUUCCAUUACAUCCACUAGCAGUUUUCAAAAUUUGACGUGGCAUUUCAUACCCCCAGGAGCACCACACAUGGGUGGUUUAUGGGAAGCGGGAGUGAAAAGCUUUAAGGCUCAUCUAAAGAAAAUGAAUACCCUGAAGUACACUUUUGAAGAGCUAGCUACACUCCUCGCGAGAAUAGAAGGAUGCCUGAAUUCAAGACCCUUAAGCCCGUCAAGCGAGAACCCACAGGAUCUUAACCCUUUAACUCCAGGACACUUUUUAAUUGGAUCACCCAUUUUAACCCCAGCAGAACCCGAAAGCAGUGAUAAUAUAACCCUGGCAAACAGAUGGCAAAAAUUAAAGAUACAACAUCAUAACUUUUGUAAAAGAUGGAAAGAUGAAUAUCUUAAAGAGCUCCAUAAAAGAUAUAAGUGGAAAAACCCUACCCGAGAAGUUGAAAUAGGUGAUAUUGUAGUAAUUAGACAAGACAAUUUAGCACCCAAUGAAUGGUUACUUGGACGUGUGACUAAAACAUACCCUGGUUCUGAUGGUAGAAGUAGAGUAGUUGAUUUACAAACUUCAACUGGAACUCUAACACGACCAAUCACUAAAAUUGUUGUUUUACCCGCUAAUUAG